AUGUUAUCAGACAAUAAUUCUCAACCGUCGCCGAGUGAGAUGUUCAAUUUUAGCCUUCUGGGCUCUGCAGCUGCUGUCCUUGCCCCGCGGCUCGGAAGACUGUCGAUUGCUGGCCGGAAGCCGAUCUCAACGCCAAACUAUGUCCCAGUGACAUCGCGAGGGGCGGUUCCUCACUUGUCGCACGAUGUGAUGCGAGAUAACACUUCGAUUUCAAGUCUGUUCAUUGGCCUGGAAGAUUUCUUGGAGAAAGAGUAUAGCACCAAAAAGCCCUCGAUACCUAUCCCGAUAUAUGCAGUCCCAACGAAACCACAUGAGUCGGCGCUGCGCAAAUUCAAUUGCCUUCCCGAUGACCUCCUGUUAAUUCUCGGUGCACGCCGCGAGCCCCCGAUUCCCUGCGCUCCGUCGAAUACACCAAACUCAAUCGCCAUUCUCACAUCCGUGGGCUUUGCACAGCUAGAGGAGACGAAAUAUGUCGAAGCAGUCCAGAGGCUCAGCCCGGAUAUUGUAAUCGGGCUGUCGGACUUGACGAUAGGUCAGACCCCUGGUCUCAAACGACGGGCGAAGAUGGUCGACCGGACACACGCGUUCACCAUGCAUGGGACCGAGGCACUCCUUGGAUCUCAUCUUUCUGAGCAUAGCCGAUCGAACGCUGCCUAUUUCGCGCCGAUACUCCCGCUAGAAAACACGGAGCAGCAGAUUUACCUGGAAGAUCUGGAGGCGGAUCUCAGACCCUUCAUCUCCGGCCUCGCCCUGUACGAGCCGGCAUCACUAUCAAUCGUGCCCGAAGAACUAGGUGACCUCCCUCGUCUCCUUUUCAGCGGACCAACCACUCCCCACGACAUCCUCCGUGAGGUGUCCCUCGGCGCAGACCUUCUCACGAUUCCCUUCCUAAGCAUCGCCUCGGACUCCGGACUGGCCUUGAACUUCGUCUUCCCAUCCCCGCCCCAAACCAGCGAGGACUCCGGCCCCUCCUCCGACCCUCUCCCACUCGCCGAGGACCUCUGGUCAACCUCAUAUACGACAGACACAGCCUCCUUAGCUGAAUCAUGUAACUGCUACACGUGCCAAAAGCACCACCGCGCCUACAUCCACCACCUUCUCUCCGCCAAAGAAAUGCUCGCCUGGACACUCUUCCAGAUCCACAACCACCACGUUCUGGACCAAUUCUUCGCCGCGAUUCGUGAUAGCAUUGAACGCGGUACAUUCGAAGCAGACGUCCAGACGUUCCAGAAGACAUACGCCCCGGAAUUUCCUCAAGCCACAGGCUCAGGACCUAGACUCCGCGGCUACCAGCUCCCAGCCUCAGGCCCCUCGCAGCCACGACGAUAUCCACCGGCCUACGGCAAACUGGAGCUCGCGGCUGAGAAAUUCGCCCAGGCUGAGUCGUCGGUUCCGACCCCUGAUACAGGCGCUGAGGGACUUGAGGAGCAUGGCUUUGCUGAGAAGGUUCGGAUAGAGUGA